AUGCUUCGCACCGCACUCUCUGCCUCCUCGCGCUCGGCUCUCGCGUCGUCUUCGCGCGCCUUCCAUGUCUCUGCUGUUUCCCAGAAGUCUACAACAGAGAAGGUCGCUGAGGUCGCUGACAAGGUGAACAAGUCUGUCGGAAAGGGGCUUGCCAGCGCUAUCGAGAAGGGCGAGAAGGCAACGGAGACGACGAAGGAGACCCUUGGUGUAGCCAAGGACAAGGCUGCUGAGAAGUCGACCAUUGCCGGCCAGAAAGCCAACCAGGUUCCGGCUGGUGCUCGGGAGGGCACCCGAGACUUCAAGCAUGACGUCGAGAAGGAAGUACGCAAGUAA